AAUAAACAUCAACCAUCUAUCUUUAUGCCCAUCACAGGUAUUCUUGUUUAGUUGUUUUCAAGUCGGUUCUUCAAAAAUAACCUUAAUAAUGGCAAACCAGGCCCCCCGCCCUCGUCCAUUGUUCCGUUUACCUACAAUAGCUCAAGAAGCUACCCCAGUCCCAGCCCCUGCCCCUGCCCCUGCCCCUGCCCCUCCUACGGAGCCACGCCCACCUGUGGCUCGGCCUAGAAUAAGGCCAUUAAUACCUGCCAUUGCAGCAAUAGUUCCUGUUGCCACCACUGCAUCAAUUCCAUCAUCUCCAACUCCAAGAGCUUCCUCUUCUUCCGAAGUGCCAAUUGUCGCAUUCUCGUCAUCAGUGCAAACAUCACCUAGUGCCAAAAGUUUUGGUCCUUCCUCUUCAGAUGCAACUUCUCUAGCACCUAAAGCAGCGCCAUCCCCAUCUUCAGCUCCAACUUCAUCAAUUUCUAAAGCAGCAGCACCACAAAUUUCCUCCACUACCAAUACUGCAACCUCUACCCCCACAACUCGUGUGCCUAGCCCUGUCCCACCUCCCAAAACAAUUGAGCCUACUGUUCAAACCUCACCUCAAUCACCUAAUCCCAAGUCUUCGGCUUUACCAUCACCUGUUUUAACCCUUUUGCCUUCCCAACUGAAGUCGCAGACUGAACUUGAGCAGAAGAUCCCAAUGGAGGUCCAGGAGAAGACCGUCGUGUUUCAAAGGACCAUUGGAGGGGAAGAAGUGUCGAAUGAAAAUGAAACCAAGGAGAAGGGGAAAAGUAGUGGCAAAACUAUUUUGGAUUCAAUGGAGGCGGGUGUGAGGGUUAUAUCAAUUGCUGGCGAAAAUAAAGGUGCCUCCAUGAAACUAUUCCAAUCCGCAACGAAACAUGAAGUUGCUCACAAGAAUAAAAAUCCUAAAACAAAAAGCCAUGGCAGUGACUCGAAAAGUGGUACCGAUAGCAACAAGGAGGGGAAUCCGAAGAAGAACAAGAGUCACAAAGGAAAAGUGACAAGUUCACAGCCCAUGAGUGCGUUCGUGAACAAUAAUGUGCAGGGCAUUAACAGCUCCAUCCUCUACAAUUGUUCAUGCACUCACCAUGAUCCUGGGGUGCACCUUGCUCUCUCUAGGAACUAGGAAGCCCAAUGCCGAGUUCCAUAUCAAAGAUCAGAACAUGAGGAGAGAGACUUGGAGAGAUUAUGCAGCGUUUCUUGUUAGGUUAAGCGAUGUUAGAGAAUAAACUAUAUAAAGGUGACUAGAGUGUUGGUGAUUAAACAGGGCAUGGAUUCUAAUUCUUCAUAGCUAGGUUCCACUUGAUCUGUUAUAAAGUGUAGUUGAAGAUUGUCAAUCACCUAUAUAUGUUUGGUAAUAAACAUGCGGUUUGCAUGAAUAUGUAAGUGA